UGCGCGCAGGCUGAUGGCGGCGUGGCAGGUCCUCUCUGUCGCCUCACCGUCUUAACUCCGGCCGCGCGCCGGCACCACAAACCACACCGCUCGGCUGCGAGCACGCGGGUUUUAAUCCGUCGCAGAGCGCAUGAGCACGCCGCCCAGAGCGCAGACUACGACGAGCAGCCGUCUGUAGAGGGGGAGGGACCGAGGGAGAGAUCAGGGCGUCAGGCCGUUGUCUCUCAGCUUCACCUUCACCUUGCCGGGCACGGCGAACGGCACGGCGGCCUAUGGAUUUGGCCACAUGGCGGGGUUCCCUCUAGGUGGAGGAGGCCACAGCCGCGACGCCCCCGCGUCGUCCGUCCCGCCGGUGCACCCCUCCGACGCAGCGUCCUUCCUCUACGCCGCGCGCGCGGGAGCGGGCCUGCAGCUAUGGCAGCAGCACGAGCAGCAACAGCAGCACCCGUUCUACACCUCCAACAUCAUCCGCUUCUCCGAUGACCCGACCGGCGCCCCGCCCUCGCUCACGGGCGCCGCGUCGUCGUCGUCUUCGCGCGGCACGAGGGGCGGCGCGGGAAGCGGCGGCGGAGGCGGCGGCGGGGUCAGCUGCCAGGACUGCGGCAACCAGGCCAAGAAGGACUGCGUGCACCAGCGCUGCCGCACCUGCUGCAAGAGCCGCGGCUUCACCUGCAGCACCCACGUCAAGUCCACCUGGGUCCCUGCCGCCAAGAGACGCGAGCGCCAGCAGCAGCUCGCCGUGCUAGCGGCCUCCGCCGCCGCCACAACCGCCGGCGCCGGCCCAUCCCGCGACCCGACCAAGCGCCCUCGCGCGCGCCUCUCCGUCGCCACCCCCGCCACGUCCUCGGGGGAUCAGCAGAUGGUCACGGUCGCGGAGAGGUUCCCACGGGAGGUGAGCUCGGAGGCGGUGUUCCGGUGCGUGCGCCUGGGGCCGGUCGACCAGGCCGAGGCGGAGGUCGCGUACCAGACCACCGUCAGCAUCGGCGGCCACGUGUUCAAGGGCAUCCUUCACGACGUUGGCCCUCACAGCUUGCCUGCCGCUGGAGUCGGAGGCGGCGCCAUCGAGUACCACUUCCGCCACGCCGGGGACGGAUUGCCGCCGAGCACGGCAGCCACUGGCGAAGCAGGCGGCGGUGGCGUGGGGAGUGUCGUCGUGUCAUCGGCUGUGGUGAUGGACCCGUACCCGACGCCCGGACCCUACGCCGCCUUCCCCGCCGGCGCGCCGUUCUUCCACGGCCACCCGAGACAGUGACCGCCGGCUCGCUCGCUCGCCAGCAGCCGUCCCGCUGUGUAACGACAUCACGACUCCCAUCUCUGGCUCGCUCGAUCUGUCAAUUUCGUUAGCUUCCUAAUUUCUUAGCCUCUUGUUGAGAUGCAUAAAUUCAUGUUCCUUCUAGAGCCUAGCUAGCUAGCUUAGGCGCGGGUUAGACUUGUUUGCUUCUUGAGAUCAAUUCAUGAGGUGAGUAGCAAUAUACUCAGUGGCUGCAAGUGGCUAAAAAUCUGACAUUUAGGAACCUUGAUGAGACAUUUGAGAUGGUUUCUUGC